CUUUUCUUUCUUCUUUUUUUUGCACCGAAAGUGACUCCCUCCGUCCCCCCCCGACCCCCCCCCCCCCCAUCGACUACACUUAAAAUGGAGAACAACGACGACAAAUAUCUCCCCGAGCUGCAGGCGGAGAAGGACAGCCUGGACUCGUCGUUUACUCACGCCAUGAAACUUUUAAACGCAGAAGUCGAUAGAAUCCAGAAAGGCGAGACGACGAAGAAGGAGGCGGCGGCGGACGCGUACCUCGACCUCUUCACCACUAAGAACAUCAAACUCAAGGAGCGCGUGCUCAUACCGGUCAAACAGUACCCCAAGUUCAAUUUCGUGGGGAAGAUUUUGGGGCCUCAGGGCAACACGAUCAAACGUCUGCAGGAGGAGACCGGAGCCAAGAUCUCCGUGCUGGGCAAAGGAUCCAUGAGAGACAAGUCCAAGGAGGAGGGGCUGAGGAAGGGCGGCGAGCCCAAGUACGCCCACCUGUCCCUGGAGCUGCACGUGUUCGUGGAGGUGUUCGCCCCGGUGCCCGAGGCCUACCUGCGCAUGGCGCACGCCAUGGAGGAGGUCAAGAAGUUCCUGUUUCCUGACUUGAUGGAUGAUAUCUGCCAGGAGCAGUUCAUGGAGAUGAGCUACCUGAACGGAGGCCAGGAGCACGGCGCCAGGGUCCGAGGGGGCCCUCCGGUCAGGGGCCGCGGAGCGCCUCCUGUUGGAGCACACAGGGGGAGGGGCAUGCCUCCUCGCGGCGCCCCCUCCAGGGGAGGCGUGGCUCGAGGCGGCCCGUCCAGAGGCGGAGCUUUGAGGGGCGCGCCGCCGCCGGGCCGAGGAGGACACCCGGCGGCGCCCGGCAGGGGGGGAGGAGCCUCGGCGCCGCGCGCCCGGCCCCCGGCGUCCGGACCCCCGCAGAGGAUGGCGCACCCGCCCCACCACCAGCACGCCCCCGACGACGCCGCCGGCUACGAGGAUUAUGGCUACGAUGAGAGCCACACCGACUCGGCCUACGACUCAUACGACAGCUACUACAGUCAGCCGCAGGCAGAGCCGGAAUACUACGAGUACGGACACGGAGACGGCACGGAGUCGUACGAGUCCUACGACCAGGAUGACUGGAACGGGACCCAGCGAACGGUUUCGGGGAAGGCCCCGCCCCCCUCCAGAGGCGCCAAGACGCCUUACCGGGAGCACCCGUACCGACAGUACUGAGGCGGCCGCGCCGCCCCUUAACGCGUCGCCCCGCCCGGUCACCAGGCGGUUCUCGCUUUAAGCAGCCCGACAAAAGCGCCGCGAUGAGGUCAUCGGAGCGCCCGCCGGAGACGGCCGGUCGGCGGAGGAGAGAGAGAGAGAGAGAGAGAGAGAGAGCGACCGCGAGAGCCUCAGUGAAGCUCGGGAGCAGCUCGGCGUGAAGGAGGUCAGACGAAGCUCUCUUGGGGGGGGGGGGGGGGCAGCUGACUGAGGGAGGAGGACUCUGACUCUGAACCGGACUCAGUGAAGAACCCUCAGGAACCAGAGACUCGCUUCACGGGGAACCUUUUUUUCCUUCUUCUUUUCUUUUUCUCUUUGCAUUGUUUAAUUAAGAAACCCACGUCGCUGAUUGGCUCCCGCCGACCCCCCACCCACCCACCCACUCACUCACUCCGCCCGACUAAUGUACUUGUUACAGUUUGAUGAGCCAUAAAAUGAGCGCUCCUUUUUUUUUUUUAAAGUAUAAUGGGCUGUGAAAUAGUUUUUGAUAUUUCUAUUAAUCCUUUUGCGAAUUAGACGUGAAUCAGAUGUCCGUUCACUUCAUGCAAGGUGAGCUGGAAUUUUUUUUAUAUAUAUAUUUUUUUUUUUAAUGUGACAUUUGCGUCUCAAGUUCUGGAUUUCCUUCUUUUUUUUAAAUUUCGUCUCCGGAAGACUUUGUUAUUGGCUGCGUGAAAUUAGACUCAAAGCUGGAGAAUUAAAGACGCCCGGAGAGGAAUCACACACACACAAACACACACACACACACACACACACAGGCUUGGCGGUGCGCGGCCCCGAGGAGACCGAAUGCUAAUGCGGCGUCGCCCUCCCUGCGUGUUCUCUCAUGCAACAAAACGUGCAACACUUCCUCACACACACACACACACACACACACACACACGUCCAUCGGCCUCGCUCGCGGCGCCUCGGCAUCCAAGUGUCAU